AUGGAGCGCAUCCCCCGCCGGUUCAUUCUGUUCCAAGGCGCAGUCAUCGGUAUCUUUGCGAUGGUCAACGCGAUAUCGACAAUACAUUCGUUUAUAAUUGACCACCCGCACCCUGAACUUUGGGAUUACUAUAGCGAUAUCCAUGGCAUGACGGAAGUGAUUAUCCCUAGGGAGCUGUGCUGGGCCGUGGCUGCCGUGGCACUGUUGUACGGUAUCCACCGGCAGGACAUUCGUUUCUUCUACCCAAUCAUUGUCGUUGCCAUCGGGGGGCUGGUACUGGAACUGGUGCGGGAGAUAGUGCUGUUCUGGGUCCAUUCGUAUUCGUACAAGUUUUUUUACUUUACACUGUUAUGCAAUCCGGCUUUGAUCAUUUCGUUGAUUUGUAGAAAGAUCCACGGAACGAUGACGCUGAUGGCACUGAAGCGCCUCUUCGAAUCGGAACAGACUGCUGAUAACAAUUUCGUGCGGUUUAACGCGGAUAGUGAUGCGUGUGAAGCCGGCUAAGGAGACAGGAAUCGCUGACACAAAACACAGAUGAAUUGAAUUUGAAGGGUUCACAUUGAUUAUGGUUCAUACAUUGUUAUCAGUUCUCAGUUUUACAUUGAUUUUCAAUAUUAUAUUAUCUCGCUGCGAGA